CGUUCUCACGGCUGCUGAAGCGAAGUCGCUCGUGUUUGUUCUGACUGAAUGUUGAGUGGGCGACUCUGCUGCUGCCUCUUUGUUUAAUGGAGAUAUCAGUGAGUGCUAAUGAAGUCUGCUAAUCCUCUGAACGCGGGGCUAAUUGGCCCCCUCUGCAGCCAACAUUCUGCCGUUGUAUUUGCUGGAGAGGAGCGUCAGCGGCUGCGAGCGCUGAUAGCUUUAUUGUUUUAUUCCUCCAGCUAAUGGACUUCUGUUUAACUUGGAUGUCAGAGUUCCUUCAUCGCUCACAGCCCACCAGCUGCCAAUCAAUCACACCACAUCAUGUGACCCUCAGGAGGAGGGGAACCAGGCCUCAUAAGAGCAGCACCCACAAGACCGGGAGCACAGAACCAGAGCCAGCACCAGGGCCAGCAGGAGAAACCAGACCAAAACUCUGAAGUUUUACUCUUAAUCUUCUUCUUCUCCUCAUAUUUCUGCAGUGAUGCAUCACGCACGUUGUCCUGUCUUUUUAAUGCUUGCAGCGCUGGCUCUGUGCAGUCUGGGGGUUUCCUCUCAGCCUGACAGAGACCAAGACCAGUACCAGAACCAGGACCUGGACCUGGAGCUGCUUCACCACCGGCUGCUGCAGCGAGCCCGAAGCGCCGGACUCCUGUCUCAGGAGUGGAGUAAACGGGCCGUGGAAGACCUGCUGGCUCAGAUGUCUCUGCCAGAGGCCGAAGCCCGGCGGCAGGAUGAGGUGGUUUCCAUGGCAACCAGCGGGCGGAUGAACCUGGAGCGGUCCGUCGACUCGAAGAACAGCGAGCCCCGCGAACGCAAAGCUGGCUGUAAGAACUUCUAUUGGAAAGGAUUCACUUCCUGUUAAAGCUGAACCGUCCAAUCUCUGAUCACCUGGGCAGGUGAAUGGAUGACCAAUCAGCAGCUGGCUGGUUGUUCCUGAAUAAUUCAUGUAAUUAUCAAAUAAAGAGAAAUA